GAGCCCAUCCAUAGAUUCAUCUCUCCUCCCUGCGUUAGGGUUCCACUCCCAUUCCUCCUCCGGCCGCCACCUCCGCAUCGACCUCCUCGGUUGCCAUGGGCACGGAUGACCACGAAUUCCGGCUGCUCACGAUCCCUACGCCCAUCCACCCCGAGGAUCCGGACUCUCCUCUUCCGGAGACCAUCCUCAUCGACUCGUUCGGCUACCUCAGCGACCGCACCAACGCCACCACUGCCAAUGGCCGCAGGAGCAGGACCGAGAAGAAGGGCAAGCGCAUCCUGGUCACCUUCUGGCCGGCUGCCCCGCCGCGCGUCUCCUGCUUCACCGUCCACUGCCCAAAUCUGAAGGCCGACGCGUACGGCAGCAUCCCCAAGGUCUGCUACACGGAGGACGGCCUCACCCUGCUCUGCAUCACCAUCUGCCCCGAGCGCCAGUACAUGUACGCCAAGAACAUCCGCUACUUCGUCUACCAGGCCGGCACCAAGAACACUCCGCCGUCGGUCAAGCUCGUCCACUCGCCCCCCGACUUCACCUUCUUCGACCACGAGGUCGCGUUGCUGCGCCGCCGCGACUAGGACAUGUUCUUCAUCGACGUGCUCCGCAGGGCCUUCGUUGAGCGGGAGUACACCGACGGGCACUUUCAUCUCCACCUGUACAGCUCCAAGACAAAGACAUGGAGCACCAAGCUGAUGCGCCUUGAUUCGCCGCCGGAUUUUGAGUUCCAUUCUCGCAACAAGGGGAUCACCAUCGGAGGGGAGCAUGGCUCUGUUGGUUGGGUCGACCUUAGGCGCGGCAUUCUCAUAUGUGACCUUCUCCUCCUUGACAGCAACCAGAGCCUUCGCUACGUCCCACUGCCUUCGCCGCUGUCGCCCGAGCCACUACAGCGUUAUCCGUUGUCUGUUCGGAACAUCGUUGUCCUCCAAGGUUACAUCAAGAAUUUCGAGAUGCACAAUAAUGUCAGACCGAGCUCAUACACUGGAAGCUCCCCGAUAUUAGAAGGUUGGAUUGCUGCAACAAAAAAGAUAAAAAUUUCAAGCAUUGGUUCUGGUAGUAACUGGGAGGAGGACUGCACUAUCAGAUGCUCUGAUGAUGUCCCAGUGGAUAACCCUGUGUAUGCCCAAAUGUUACCUAAUCCGCGGGAGGGUGAUGAUACCAAGCCAAACCUGAAGAAAAUUUGUGUAGGCUAUCCUGCUCUUAGCUUGCAUGAUGGUGAUGUUGUUUACCUCAUGCACACACCUGUUCCCCGUGAGGGUAAGGCCUGUGUGAUUGCUCUUGAUAUGAGGAACAAGACUGUAAAAGGUGUGGCUAAUUUUGGCUCUGGAAGACCCCUGGGUUAUCAUUUCACCUACCUUGAGAGUGGGAUCUCCAAGCAUCUAGGCAUUCUCUCAUCGACCAGGAAUUGAUGGCCAAAGAUAGAAAUGUUAGACUUGGGACAAAUCUAGAAUUUGAAACACAGGGAGUUGCAUGGAAUGGAAGAGAACUUGCAAGUUCCGGAAACUGGGUGUUGUAUGACAAGAAUACUCAAUACAGUCAGAAAGAGAGGGCGUGAACAAAAUUGCUAAUGCAAGUAUCGAAUGCUGCUGAAACAAAUAGGGAUGUUAAGUAAGAAGCUUGUACAGCAGGCUGCUAUGAUUGGUGUGCAGGCUGGAAAGAAGUUUGAGUUCAAAUUGUUCGAAGGCAUGGUCAAAGCCCCGGUCCAAAAAAAGCUUAAGAUGUCUUUCCUACCUCAUCCGUGAUGCGUAUGAUGUGUUGCAUUGCCAAUGGACUUGUAUUACUAAAAAUCUUCUGCAUUGUAUCGACUAUAUUUGUUGGCCGUGUG